UGGGAGCAGCAGGAAGGAGGAUGCCCAGCAAUCCUGAAAUGCAUUAAAUGAACACCAGGACGGUGAGGGGUGCCUUUCCCGAGGCCUCUGGGCCAGGACCCCCUGUCUGGAGGUGGGGUAGCCCUCGUAGGGCCGGUCCUGCUGGGGAACAGCCCUGGGAAGGAGCACGGAGCUCAGCCCCAGCACCGAGAGGAAGACACGGCCCAGCCGCGGUGGCGCAGCACUCAGCGGGCCACACCGCCAUGAAAAGGGAGGUUUCCUUGUUCUGCUUCAGCCCCUCAGCGAGCCCCUCUCUGCCCGGCUGCAUCGCUCUCCUCAUCGCUCUCCAGGUUCACCGUCUGGUGGCAGCCCAGUUCAGAGUGAUUGGACCGGACCAGCCAGUUGUUGCCUCUGUGGGAGCAGUCGCAGUCCUUCCUUGCCGCCUCUCCCCUGCGACGAGCGCGGAGAGCAUGGAGGUGCGGUGGUUUCGGUCCCGGUUCUCUUCAGUGGUGCACUUGUACCGGGGAGGUCGGGAUCAGCCUGGAGAGCAGAUGCAGGAGUAUCUCGGGAGGACUCAGCUCCUGAAGCACAACAUCACGUCUGGGAGCAUCUCCCUAAGAAUACGUGGGGUGCGACUCUCCGACUGUGGGCAGUACACCUGCUUCGUCCAGUCCCAUGUCUCCUAUGAAGAAGCUCUGCUGGAGCUGCAGGUGACAGCACUGGGCUCUGACCCCCACGUCUCUGCUGAGGGUCACCAGGACGGAGGGAUCCGGAUGGUGUGUCGAUCGGCUGGGUGGCACCCAGAGCCCGAGGUGCAGUGGAGAGAUCACCGUGGGCAGCCGUUACCACCAGCCUCUGAGAAGGUGUUCACAGACACUGCCGGGCUGUUUCACACGGAGGUUUCUGUUGUGAUCAUGGCAGAGUCGAACCAGAACGUGACCUGUGCUGUCAGGAGCCUGUUCCUGAACCAGGAGAAAACAGCCACCAUCAGUAUUGCAGGGACUCUGCAAUCCAAGCUGGAAAGUGAGAAAGAGGCCCUGCGGUCUGAACUGGAGACCGAGAAAGGACUUCUGCAAUCUAAGCUGGAGAGUGAGAAAGCGGCCCUGAAGUCUGCCCUGGAGAGUGAGAAAGAGAGGCGGCGUGCAGACAAAGCGGAGUAUGAAGCAAUGAAAAGGACUCUGCAAUCCAAGCUGGAAAAUGAGAAAAGACUUCUGCAAUCUAAGCUGGAGAGAGAGAAAGAGGCCCUGAAGUCUGCCCUGGAGAGUGAGAAAGAGAGGCGGCGUGCAGACAAAGGGACUCUGCAAUCCAAGCUGGAAAAUGAGAAAAGACUUCUGCAAUCCAAGCUGGAGAGAGAGAAAGCGGCCCUGAAGUCUGCCCUGGAGAGUGAGAAAGAGAGGCGCCGUGCAGACAAAGCGGAGUAUGAAGCAAUGAAAAGGACUCUGCAAUCCGAGCUGGAAAAUGAGAAAAGACUUCUGCAAUCUAGGCUGGAGAGAGAGAAAGCGGCCCUGAAGUCUGCCCUGGAGAGUGAGAAAGUGAAGUACAAGGCAGUGGAAGGACUCACCAAAGCCCAGAGACAUGCAGGGCGACGGUGUAUUCCCAGCAGGGACCGACCCACAAGUCCUGGGACGCAGCGAAUCCCCUGUGGUUGCGGGGACUGCCUGCCCUGGCCCUGACCCGUGACUCUCCCCAGUGGACGUGACUCUGGACCCAGGGACGGCUCAUCCCAACCUUGUCCUGUCUGAGGAUUGGAAAUGUGUGAGAC